UGGUUCACGUGUCUGAUCUAUAAAUAAAAAGGGGUACUUGAGUCAAUAGCAUACGUAAUAGUAGGAUAGCAUCCUUUCUUUGUUUCUUUGAUUUUUCUCGGUUGAAUAUUCUUCUAAUUGUAUAGAUGAAAAGUCAACAACUGAGUCUACUCUGUGUGUAUGUAUGGUCCUUCUUCAACUACAAGCUCUACCAUUAUCAAAUGAGAGUGAUACUUGUGCCUUAAACUAUUGAGAGAGUAGUAGUAGUAAUAGUAGUAAUCAUGGAAAAAUCUCAGAGCCACAGAAUCCAUAUCCCAGUAUAUCCUCUACUUCUUUUCCUUGUUCAUUUCUCAACCCUUCUUCACUUGAUCUCUUCAGAUUAUGUUGUUCCAGAUAAAUUCUUCAUCAAUUGCGGGUCAAAUGAAGGUGUUAACGACAACGGCCGAAACUUCAUCGGAGAUGCAAACUCUGGUUCUUUCUCUACUCCAAAGUCAAGCAAGACUGUCAAACCCACCAACCAGUUGGGGAACACAUCAGCCCUGUACCAAACAGCAAGAACUAUCCAAGAAGAAUCUUCAUACGGGUUCGAAUUUGAUAAUGUUAAAACCACUUACCUGGUACGCCUCCAUUUCUUUGCCUUCGCAUCCCAACCUAAUCUCUCUACAGCAGUUUUUGAUGUUUCAGCUUCUGGGUUUUUGCUCUUGCAUAAUUUCACUGCCGAAAACAGUACAAACUUGCCAUCGAUAAAGGAAUUUUUUCUCACCACCCAGACCAAGAAGCUCCGAAUAAAUUUUACACCUAAAGAAUCAUCUUUUGCCUUUGUAAAUGCCAUAGAAGUUUUCCCUGCCCCUCCUCUGAAUUUCAGCCUCGAUCGAGCUCACAAAGUUGGUGAUCAUUACAAAAUACCAUCCUCUUCAUCUUUGCAAACAGUUUACAGAAUCAAUGUUGGAGGAGAUGAAAUUGCAUCAGGUAGCGACACAAUAUGGAGAAACUGGAAAACUGAUGAUGUUUAUCUCCAAACUAAGAACACUGCAAUGAAUAGCCAGUUUUACUCCAACAAGCCUUAUUACCAGUUACCAGAUAGUAUGUAUGCUGCUCCGGAUUUGGUCUACCAGACUUCAAAAGAAAUGAAUCCCAGCGCAAGCAGAGGAUCAAAAAUAACUUGGAGUUUUGAUGUAAACAAGACUGCUGGACACUUUGUAAGAGUACACUUCUGUGACAUAAUUAGUGUUUCGCUCAAUGUUCUUGUGUUCAAACUUUAUAUAAAUGGCAACUUCAGCGUGGAGAUCAAUUCAAUGGACUAUGUCACCCAGCUAGCUGCCCCUUUUACCAUUGAUUUUGUGGUUCAUUCUUCCGAUUCUGGAGUCAUGAACAUCGGCAUAGGCCUUUCAAAUUCAAGUUCAGAGCCAAAUGCCUUUCUAAAUGGACUGGAAAUAUUAGAGAUAAUGGAUGGAACGGCUCCAGUUCCCAUAGAGCAUGAGCCAAGUAAGAUAAGCAUUCCUACAAUAGUUGGUUCAGCUCUGGGAGGAUUAGCUCUUGUUUUGGUUUUGAUGAUGGGAUUCUUCGUAUGUUACAAACGUAGAAAACCGAAAACAGUCGAAAAUUCAAGCUGGGGUCAUGUCCCUACAUAUGGAGGAGGGAGCUCUCACAGCAGGGUGACAGAGCUGACCAUCAACGGCUCUCCUGUUCCGAAUCUAAUUCUGGGGUUGAAGAUUUCUUUUGCUGAACUCCAGUUAGCAACAAAGAACUUCAACUCCAAACUUGUAGUUGGUAGAGGUGGAUUCGGACAGGUUUACAAGGGAACCCUUUUAAACGGUACAAAAGUAGCUGUGAAGAGAAGCGCGCCUGGUUCAGGUCAAGGCUUCUCUGAGUUCCAAACGGAGAUAAUGGUUCUUUCCAAAAUCCGCCAUCGCCAUCUCGUCUCCUUAAUUGGGUACUGCGACGAAAGUUCAGAGAUGAUAUUGGUAUACGAAUUCAUGGAGAAAGGAACCUUAAGGGACCACCUUCAUGAUCCGAAACUUCCUCGUUUAACAUGGAAGCAGAGACUUGAAAUUUGUAUAGGCGCAGCCAGUGGUCUCAACUAUCUCCACAAAGGCUCAUCUGGGGGAAUUAUCCAUAGAGAUGUCAAGUCCACCAACAUCUUGCUCGAUGAAAAUCAUGUUGCUAAAGUGGCUGACUUCGGACUCUCCAAAUCUAGUCCUCUCGAAGAUACCCAUGUGAGCACAAACGUCAAAGGCACUCUGGGUUAUCUAGAUCCGGAAUACUUCAGGUCCCAACAACUGACAGAAAAAUCAGAUGUUUACUCAUUUGGGGUUGUUCUUCUGGAGGUUCUAAGCGCGAGACCCGCCAUUGACACACAGCUACCAAGAGAGCAAAUGAACUUAGCUGAUUGGGCAAUGAAAUGCAAGAAGAAAGGGGUGAUCGAAGAGAUUUUGGAUCCUUCUAUAAAGUAUAAUAUCAAUCUCAACUCACUGAGAAAGUUUAGCGAAACGGCUGAGAAGUGUCUGCAGGAAGACGGGUCUAGCAGGCCUGCCAUGAGCGACGUGAUAUGGGACCUUGAGUACGCAUUGCAGCUGCAACAAACGUCAGGACUCAGAGAACCUCAAGAGGACAGUACAACCACAGCUUCGGCGUUCGUGUUACCGGAUGCCCGGAGGCUUCCAUCGAUCGGGUCCAACUAUGAAAGAGAUGAUACGAUUGCCAUGAGCGCCGAUUUCUCAAGCUUGACAGCUGGUGAAGUGUUUUCCCAGUUGAAAAUGGACGACGCUAGAUAAGUCUUGUUCAGUUUCCGAGUCCCCUUGGUUUCAUCUGUUUUCUCCUCAUUUUUCUUCUAAUAUCGAACUGAAACGCAUAAAAGUCCUUUCCUAAAGCUCUCGCUGUAAUUCUAAUACUAUGUACAUUUCUUGUGUGAUGAAAAAAAAAUUUUAAUUUAAUAUAUUAAAAUUAAUGCCCAAGGCAAUUUUACCUA